UUUAAGAUAUAAAUAUCCAAAAUGGAAGAAGCUAAAACUAGCCAUAUUGACAGAAUAGAAGCAUUUUUAUCAGGUUUAGAGAAGGACUCCUCAAAAAUCGCAUUUAUUACAUCAGGAGGUACCAGCGUCCCACUUGAAAAGAAUGUUGUCAGAAGUAUAGAGAAUUUUAGUACUGGAAAACGUGGUUCCUUACUAGCAGAGUAUUUCCUGAAGAAUGAAUAUCAUGUGGUCUUUUUGACAAGAUCAGGCACACUUCAGCCAUUUACGAAUCAUUUCUCGAAAGAAGAUCUCUUCUGAAUGUCUGAAGAGCAUGAGAAAUAUGAAAAAUUUACUCAGAUCAAAGAAGAUUUUGCAAAACACAAGGAGAGGCUUCUGACCAUUGAAUAUGUAACCAUCUCAGAGUAUUUAGAGAAGAUCGAGGAAAUCUCCAGAACAAUAAGUGAGCAAACUCUCUUGUCCAUAAUUCGGUGAACAAAAUUUUUUAAAUAACAGUUGCAUAAUUUUAAAUCACUGUUUAUUCUCUCAAAACUACAAAGCUAAAUAGUUCACUAUGGAAUAUUGUUUUUUAA